AUUCGCUGCGACUGAAGUGUAAAUCUUGAAUCCAAUCUGAUGGUGGGAAAGUGUUGAGCCUUUGUGCCUUCUGUGUUUUAGAAAAGGACAACAAACCUCCACAAUGUAUAUUCAGGAGACAUGACAAUUCACAGUCUUUAUAUCCUAAGCAAAUCUGGGGGUCUGAUAUACCAGCUGGAUCACAACAUUCCAACUAUAGAAAAUGAAAAAACCUUUAGCUAUCCUCUAGAGGUUAAACUUGAGGUGCAGAAUAGAAAUAUCAUGGUUGUUUAUGGUCAGCGUGAUGGGAUUAAAGUGGGACACACAUUAGUGUCUGUGAAUGGCAUGAAGGUUACAGGCCAACAGCUUGAUGAUGGACGUGAUGCCAUGCAGGUUCUCGCCAAUGAGACAAACUAUCCUAUUAACCUGAAGUUUGCACGACCCAAGUUGACCACAAACGAGAAGAUUUUCCAGGCGUCAAUGUUUUAUCCUCUCUAUGCACUGGCAUGUCAACUAAGUCCAGAGACAAGAAGCUCAGGGAUAGAGACUAUUGAAAGUGACAACUUCAGGAUGAAUUGCUUCCAGACACUAACAGGAGUGAAGUUUAUGCUUAUCUCCGACCCCAAGCAGGCAGGCAUAGAUACCCUUCUCCACAGAGUAUAUGAAAUCUACUCUGACUUCGCCCUCAAGAACCCCUUCUAUUCCUUAGAGAUGCCCAUAAGAUGUGAACUCUUUGAUGAACACAUAAAAUCCACUCUUGAACAGGCUGAGAGAUUAGGAAUAAGCAGUAUAUGAAUUGUAUGGUACGUUUCUCAUGAUGAAUAUAUAUCACCACAUAUGAAGGUUUACGGAUUUUCAUCUUCAUGACUGUAAUUAUUGUAUACUAGAAAGAACUUGUACAUGUAUCAUUUUCUUACAAAUAUGAUUUAUUAUGUAUAAAGUGAACAUUCUGGUACUGAGCAAUAUAUCAAGGAAGAUAUGCUGACUCUCUAAUAUACAGAAAAUUUUCUUGAUCAUAGAAGAUGCUGGUUCCACAGUGACUGAUUGGAAUUACCAUAAUGAAAUAUAGAUAUAUGAUUUGAUUGUGUGAUUGUUACUUAGGACAGUAAAGGAUAAAGAAA